AUGUAUAAUGCAAUCAAACUUUCAGUUUCUGAUCAACAUACGCAUCGGUUUCUAUGGAGAGAUCUCGAUGCAAGCAGAAAACCGGAUCAUUAUGUGUUAAAGACGGUCACUUUUGGGGACAGACCUAGUGGCACUAUUGCAACAGUUGCAUUAGGAAUGACUGCGGAAAUGAGUAAAGAUAUUUAUCCAGAGGCAGCCGAAAUGAUUCUAAGAAACAGUUAUGUUGAUGAUAUCAUUAACUCUGUCGACAAUAACGAUCAGGCAAGAAAGGUAAUGGAAGACACUGAAAAAUUACUUGCAAAGGGUGGAUUUACAAUUAAACAUUGGAUUGUUACAGGGAAGCAAUCCGACCAAUGGAACGGAUUACAUAUUUCAAAUGAACCAAAGGAAGAGAUUCUAGGAAUGAUUUGGCAACCGAGAGAUGACAUGUUUAAAUUUCAAGCAAAAAUAAAUUUUUCAAGUAAACGUCGAGGAAUACACAUUGAUAAAGAUUUGCAACAAACUCAAAUAGAUGACAUACCGUUGAUACUCACGAGAAGAAUGGUUCUUAGUCAAGUUGCGAGCAUUUAUGAUCCCUUAGGGUUAGCUUCCCCAUUUGUUUUAACCGCAAAACUACUUUUGAGAUAA